CAACAACACCAAUAUCGUUACAAUCAAGUAAACUGAUCUAGACAAACUAAUUUAUCAUGGCGCUGUCUUCAACAAUCUACCACUACCUCGACAUCGGUCGACUAGGCCGCGGGGAAGUCGUCAAACUCUUCCUCAAAGACGCCGGAAUCGAAUUCACCGAAGUCCGCUACCCUUACGAUGACACCUGGCCACAGAGCAGCCAGAAGCUGCAAGACCAAGGCAUCACUCGAACCGGCCAGCUUCCCGCCCUCGAGUACAAGGGGCAUAUCCUGACCCAACUUCAGCAUAUUCCCAUCCUGCGCUAUCUCUCCCGCGAUCUCAACCGUUACGACGGCGAAACCAACUGGGAGAAAUACCUCGUUGACGCGGUGGCGGAUAUCUACAUAGAUUGGAGGUCCGAAUGGGUCUCCAACCUCAUGAACAAAUCUGAUACGUACAAGGAUGAGUAUGCACCCAAGUACUAUAAUCUCAUUGCGAAGUACUACUCCGAUAUUGAGGGGCCGUAUCUCCUGGGAGAUAAAAUCACGUAUGCGGAUUUUGCGGUGUAUCAAUCUAUUGAUAAUGAUCGGAGGACGGGGACGUUGGUGGUGGAUCUUCCGCAGUCGCUGGUGAGGUUGCAGGAGGCGAUUGAGAAGAGGGAGAAUGUGGAGGGGUAUAUUAAGGAGAGUAAGUAGGGGUGAGUGUGGUGGGUAUUCAUGGGGUAGUUGGUAUGGGAUGGGCGAUGGUUGUAGUGUUCAUAAAUUGAUACCGAACACAUUGUCUCUCAACAACAUCAAAUCAAAGCGAGUAGAUGUAUGAGCAUAAAGUCAGAUCAGAGAUAACCCGAAGGCUUCACUAAGGUAUUCGCCAUAUCUUGAACAAUGACU